CUCAAGAGUUGUUUUGUCACAGAUUAGAUAUUUUUUAAAUUUAUUUAUCUACCAUUUAAAUAUAAAAAUGGCUUCAAUCGGAAUGUGUGAAACGCCUGGCUGUACUUCGAAUGCACAGCUACAAUGUCCUACUUGUGUAAAACUAGGGAUACAAGGUUCCUUUUUCUGCAACCAGGACUGUUUCAAGAAAUCAUGGAAGACUCACAAAAUCAUCCAUACUUUAGCGAAAGGUGAAAAUACAGAUGCAUCUAACGGAGAAUAUAAUCCUUGGCCGUCUUAUCCAUUUACGGGAAAGCUGAGGCCAUAUCCACCUGGAGCUAAGCGUACUGUGCCGCCUCACAUUGGCCGCCCGGAUUAUGCUGAUCAUCCAACGGGAUUCCCAGCAUCAGAAAAUGCUGCAAAGGGGUCUGGCCAAAUAAAAGUGUUAGAUGAUGAAGAAAUAGAAGGCAUGAGGGUUGCCUGCCGGCUUGGAAGGGAAGUGCUUGAUGAAGCAGCCAAAGCAUGUGGUGUUGGGGUAACUACAGAUGAAAUAGACAGAGUGGUCCACGAGGCAUGUAUUGAGCGGGAAUGUUAUCCAAGCCCUCUAAACUAUCACAAUUUCCCAAACAGCUGUUGCACAUCUGUCAAUGAGGUUAUAUGUCAUGGAAUUCCAGACACUCGUCCUUUGCAGGAUGGUGAUAUUUGCAACGUAGAUGUAACAGUCUAUCACAGGGGCUUCCACGGUGAUCUGAAUGAGACAUUCUUUGUUGGGAAUGUGCCAGAAUCCUCUCGUAAACUUGUACAGGUCACGUAUGAAUGCUUACAAAAAGCGAUAGCAAUUGUUAAACCAGGAGAGAAGUACAGGGAGAUCGGAAAUGUGAUCCAGAAACAUGCACAGGCGAACGGAUUGAGCGUUGUGAGGUCGUACUGUGGUCACGGAAUACAUAGGUUAUUCCAUACAGCACCAAAUGUUCCUCAUUAUGCUAAAAACAAGGCAGUUGGAGUGAUGAAGCCUGGUCACUGCUUUACAAUUGAGCCGAUGAUCAAUGAGGGUGGCUGGCGGGAUGAACAGUGGCCAGACCAGUGGACUGCUGUUACUGCAGACGGCUCUAGAUCAGCUCAAUUUGAACAAACCCUGCUAGUGACUGAGACAGGCUGUGACAUUCUCACACAGAGAGCAUCAGGUCGGCCCUGGUUUAUGGACCAGUUGGAGAAACUUAAGUAGCACCUAGCAUUCAGGUUGCAAAUUUCUUUCCAAGGAAACCAAUAUAAAUCCACAAAUAAUAGUUGUGUCCCUGUGGUCUAACUAUGUGAUGAUUACAGAUUUGAUUGUUGAUUCUGUAGAUUCCAUUGCUAUUAUUUUCUAUUUAAUAGUUAGGGCCCAUAAACAAACAGUUUUCUUUGUCUUUGUUAUAUAGCUAAGUAUAUAAAAUUGUUGUACACCUUCUUGGGACAUGAAGUAUUAAUUUAAAUUCAUUUGUGAGUUAACUAACUUAAGAGUUUAUAAGUUGAUUUCCACACACAGGAAUUAUAAUUUAUAUUUGAAGAAAUAUUGCAAUAUAAUUUAUUAUAUAAUGUUAUGAUAUACUUUGAAUCAGAUUUUGAAAAGAAGCAGAAUGCAACAUGCCAAAAAUAUUGGAAUAUUAUAGAUCUAAAUUGAAAUACAUAUUUGUGUGAUUUAACGUUUUUGCCCUUUAUGUUCUCAAAAUCUUAAUUGUGUUAUCGUAUUUAUUAAUAACUUUGUAUAAAAACAAGUAAAUUUCUUCAGAAUAAAAAAAAAUAUAUAUAUUAUUUAUUUAAGUAAUGCUUAUAACUUCCUUUCAUCUGUCCGUAUAUGACGGUAAUAUACAAUUAAAUACUUGGAAAUAGAAGCUAUCUCAAACACUAUUUAUUAAUAAUUGUUCAAAAAGUGAUUACAAGCAAUAACUUAAAAAGCACAGUGACUUGAUAAUAAUGAGGUUUUACAUUUUUAAAUCGUUGUUGAGUAUAAUAAUGUAAUCAUUUUUAUAAUAGUUACAUGCCUUAUUAAAGCCAUCUAAAUAGUUUAUAGAAUUGAGGCCAAUGGAAAUUUAAAUUAUUGGAAUGUUUUAUAAUGCUGUGUAAAAUGUAUUUCGUUUCAAAUAAUCAGUUUUAUUUGUUCCUAUAAUGUGGUGGUUUUCAUUGUACAAUGGUUUAACUUUCUGUGUUUGCUGUUUAAUUUGUUUUCUAUAAAUAUACACUUAUUUGUAUGUACAAAGCGAAGAUGUGAAAUAAAAAGCGUGUAUU